GCCAACAACGAGCUCUACUAACCGGAGCUCUCUAUCUCUCUCGCCAUCUCUCUUGAUUUCGACCAAAAAAAAAUCCACUGUCACAAUCCCAAUUCAGGAUUAUCUCAACUGAAUUGACUGUGAACUGAGUUGAGGGGGAUGAGACAGAGGGGUAAAGGUGCUUCUUUGAAGCCUAAUUCAAUUAGUUCUGCCGCAAAUCAAGACAAUAGUGGCGGAGAAGGGGAAAGUUCGUCAAGGGAUAAGAAUGUGGCUCUGAUUGCUAAGAGGUCAAGUUAUGUAGUGUUUACAUUGUUUGUGUUGGUUAUGUAUGGGUCUUGGGGUGUGUAUCACUACCAGUUUGAGAGCCUUCCUGCGCCCCUGGCGCUCGAGCAUGUCGGGAAGAGGGGGUUCUCGGAGCAUGAAGCCAUGAAACAUGUCGAAGCUCUGGCUCAGUUGGGCCCGCACCCCGUUGGUUCUGAUGCUCUUGAGAGUGCUGUGAAGUAUGUGACAGAAGCAGCAGAAAUUAUAAAGAAAACGGCUCAUUGGGAGGUUAAUGUGGAGGUUGAUCGAUUCCAUGUAAAAUCUGGUGCUAACAUUAUGGUUGGUGGACUUUUUAAAGGGAAAAGCCUUGUUUAUUCAGAUUUGGAUCACGUUGUAUUGAGAAUCACACCAAAAUAUGUAUCUGAAGCAGAAGAAAGAGCAAUUCUGGUGUCCUCCCACAUCGACACUGUUUUUGCAGGGGAAGGGGCUGGCGAUUGCAGUUCAUGCGUGGCUGUUAUGCUCGAGCUUGCUCGAGGAGUUUCUCAGUGGGCUCAUGGAUUCAAGAAUUCUGUUAUAUUUUUAUUUAAUACCGGAGAAGAGGAAGGUUUGAAUGGCGCUCACAGCUUUGUCACUCAGCAUCCUUGGAGUGAUACAAUAAGAGUAGCUAUCGAUUUGGAAGCAAUGGGCAUAGGCGGCAAAUCUAGUAUUUUCCAGGCUGGUCCUAAUCCUUGGGCAAUCGAAAACUUCGCUGCCGUAGCAAAGUACCCGUCAGCUCAAAUCGUUGCUCAGGAUAUUUUUUCUUCGGGGGCUAUUAAAUCAGCGACUGAUUUUCAAGUCUACAAAGAGGUCGCGGGGCUUUCAGGUCUUGACUUUGCAUACGUAGAUUAUACCGCUGUAUACCAUACCAAGAACGACAAGUUAGAACUAUUGCAACCUGGUUCUCUUCAACAUCUUGGAGAAAAUAUGCUCGCAUUCUUGCUUCGUGCAGCCGCCUCCCCUAGCCUUCCAGAAAACAAGGCCAUGGAAUCCAACGAGGAGAAAGCAAUAUAUUUUGACAUUCUGGGAACAUACAUGGUCACGUUUCGCCAGCGCUUUGCCAGCAUGCUUUACAAUUCGAUAAUCAUGCAGUCCCUUUUGUUAUGGACUACGUCGUUGUUGAUGGGUGGUUCUUCUGCUAUCAUAUCGUUGGCCCUAGGGUGUUUGAGUCUCGUGCUAAUGUGGAUAUUUUCCAUUAGUUUUUCCGUAGCCGUUGCCUUCGUUCUCACCAUCAUAUCAUCCUCACCCGUGCCGUAUGUCUCCUACCCAUGGCUGGCACUUUGUCUCUUCGGCGCGCCUGCUCUCCUCGGAGCAUUCACCGGUCAACACGCCGGUUAUAUUAUCCUCGAAUCUUAUUUGGCACGUACUUUCUCCGAAAGAAGGAGAAAUUUACCUGCUAAUUUGCGGACCACUUUGGCGAAGUUAGAUGCAGAGAGAUGGAUCUAUAAAUCUGGUUUGGUGCAAUGGUUCGUGCUCUUGAUGCUCGGAAAUUACUACAAGAUCGGUUCUUCUUAUCUAGCUCUUGCUUGGCUAGCGUCACCUGCAUUUGCUUAUGGUUUUCUCGAAGCAACAUUGUCUCCAACGAGGCUGCCAAAGCCGCUCAAAACCGCGACAAUUUUAAUCGGAUUGUCCGUGCCCCUUCUACUGUCUUCCGGCAUGGUUAUUAGGUUGUCAGCUACUAUAAUGGGAACCUCCAUUCGUUUUGUAAGGAAUCCCGGUGCUAGCCCCGACUGGCUGGGAAAUGUCAUUCUUGCUGUAUUCAUUUCUGCAGUAGUGUGUUUGGCGUUGGUGUAUCUACUGUCGUAUAUUCACAUAUCAGGUGCAAAAGUACCGCUUGUCGUUGCUACGAGUAGUCUGCUCGUGCUAUCUCUAGUUGCCGUGUGGGGAGGCGUCGUCCCACCUUUUACGGAUAAUAUAGCUAGAGGUGUCAACGUCGUACAUGUCGUGGAUGCAACACGAGUAAAAGGUGGAGAUCUCGAACCGGUCUCGUACAUUUCAAUGUUCUCGACGACUCCCGGAAAUUUGAUCAAGGAGGCCGAUCAUAUCGGAGAAGGAUUUGCUUGUGGAAGGGAUAGAUAUUCAGAUUUCGUUACAUUUUCCGUCAACUACAGUUGCUGGAUGGACAAAGGCGCCCGAACCGGCUGGCUGAAAUCCGACAUUCCGUCGAUUCAUGUUGCAAAGGAUACGAGAGGAGAGAACCGAGAGACUCAAGUUGUCAUCGAUACCACAAUUUCUACUCGCUGGUCUCUGGCGAUCAACACCGGAGAAAUCGAGGACUUCCAGCUGAAAGAUGCGGACUCCGAUGAGCUGAUUCCGCUUGGUGAGAAGAGCAGUGUGGAUGGAUGGCACACCAUACAGUUCUCGGGCGGGAGGAAGGCGCCGACCAAGUUUCACCUCUUGUUGUUCUGGUCGGGGAACAGCACAUGGACGACCAGUGCCGGAGACGAGCAGCUCCUGAGGCUCAGAACGGACGUGGACAGAUUGACACCGCCAAUGGAGACCAUUCUCCGGAAGCUCCCACGGUGGUGCUCCCUCUUUGGGAAGUCGACGUCUCCCCACACGUUGGCGUUCCUGAGCAGUCUACCGGUGUCGUUUUAGGCAACGGAGAGAAAUCAGCAGCCGCUAUAAUCCUCACACGCACCUCGUUUGAAUCGAUCGUGAUCGUUAUUGUGCCGACACGAAUGGUCAUGCUGCGUGAAUCACAGAUAGAUUGUUAUCGAGUCGACACUAAUGGUUGGGAAUGAUGAUUCUUACUUGUUUUUUACAUUAGAUAGUGAAGGGAAAAAAAAGAAGAAAAAUAAACUAUUUAGAUGAGUUUUAGUUUUUUAAGUGUGUUUUUUAUAAUUUUUUCAAAUGAUCAAUAAUAGUUUUUCAUAUAUUUCUAUUUA